AUGGCGAAGAAGGUGGCCGUGAUUGGAGCUGGGGUCAGUGGCCUGGUCUCUCUGAAGUGCUGUGUGGACGAGGGACUAGAGCCCACUUGCUUUGAGCGAACUGAAGAUAUUGGAGGGCUGUGGAGGUUCAAAGAAAAUGUUGAAGAAGGCCGAGCAAGUAUCUAUCAAUCUGUCAUCACCAACACGAGCAAAGAAAUGUCCUGCUUCAGUGACUUUCCAAUGCCUGAAGACUUUCCAAACUUCCUGCACCAUUCUAAGCUCCUGGAAUACUUCAGGAUUUUUGCCAGAAAGUUUGAUCUUCUAAAAUAUAUUCAGUUCCAGACAACUGUCCUCAGUGUGAAAAAACACCCGGAUUUCUCAUCCUCGGGCCAAUGGGAGGUCGUGACCGAGUGCAACAGCAAGAAGCAAAGCGCCGUCUUUGACGCAGUUAUGGUUUGCAGCGGCCACCACAUCCUCCCUCACAUGCCGCUGGGAUCCUUUCCAGGUAUUGAGAGGUUCAAAGGCCAGUAUUUCCAUAGCCACCAAUACAAGCACCCAGAGGGACUUGAAGGGAAACGGAUCCUGGUGAUUGGACUAGGAAACUCCGCCUCAGACAUUGCCGUUGAGCUGAGUAAGAAGGCUGCUCAGGUAUUCGUCAGCACCAGACACGGCUCCUGGGUCAUGGGUCGGAUCUCUGAAGAUGGCUACCCCUGGGACAUGGUGUUCCACACCCGGUUUAGGUCCAUGCUCCGAAAUGUCCUGCCACAAAUGAUUCAAAAAUGGAUGAUGGAACAGCAGAUGAAUCAGUGGUUCAACCAUGAAAAUUAUGGCCUUGAGCCUCAAAACAAAUAUCUUAUGAAAGAACCUGUACUAAAUGAUGAUCUUCCAAGUCGUAUACUCUACGGAGCCAUCAAGGUGAAACCAACAGUGAAAGAGCUCACAGAAACUUCUGCCAUCUUUGAAGAUGGAACAGUGGAGGAGAAGAUUGAUGUCAUUGUCUUUGCAACAGGAUAUACUUUCUCUUUUCCAUUCCUUGAAGAUUCACUUGUGAAAGUAGAGGAUAAGAUGGUCUCACUGUAUAAAUACAUGUUCCCUCCUCACCUGGAGAAGUCAACUCUGGCAUGCAUUGGUCUCAUCCAACCCCUAGGUUCCAUUUUCCCAACUGUUGAACUUCAAGCUCGUUGGGCAACCAGGGUUUUCAAAGGUUUGUGUACCUUGCCCUCAGAGAGGACUAUGAUGGCGGACAUUAUCCAGAGGAAUGAAAAAAGAAUCGAUCUGUUUGGAAAGAGCCAGAGCCAGACGCUGCAGACCAAUUACAUCGACUACUUGGACGAGCUCGCGGCAGAGAUAGGUGCGAAGCCAGACAUCCUGUCUCUCCUGCUGAAAGACCCCAGACUGGCUGUGAAGCUCUAUUUUGGACCCUGCAACUCCUACCAGUACCGCCUCACUGGGCCCGGGCCGUGGCAGGGAGCCAAGAGUGCCAUCCUCACCCAGAAACAACGGAUACUGAAGCCUUUGAAGACCCGGGCAGUAAAAGCUUCUCGGGAUUUCCCGGUUUCCUUCCUGUUGAAAAUCCUGGGGCUUCUUGCUAUUGUCGUGGCCUUUGUUUUCAGCUUGAGUGGUUCUAAUCUGUCAGCGUAAAGCUUUUGACUUUACUGUCAGCCAGUUCCUAUUUAAAAAAAAAAAAAAAAAAGACUAAAAGAAAAAAUGGGAAAUCUAAUGGAUUCUGUAUUUCAGAGUUGAGAGGACAGAGAGAGGUGGUUGUAAAGAAUUAGCAGAAUUCAGUCCAUGGAGAACACCAAAAUGGUGUCAUAAAAUUUCCUUGCUACUCUACCCUUCCCUCAAGUUCAUCAGAUUCUCCCAAAGGACAAUUAAAUGGCACUGGAUAAAUAGUGCUGCCAGGCCCCAAAGAAGGCGCUUGUGUGGAAAACAUAGGACUACACAGAAGGAAAAGCAAGCCCCAUGGUUGAAAACAUUGGAAAAUUUCAAUGGUGGGUAAAUAUUUAAACUCCUGCACGAAUGUUCCCGAUAGUCUCUUACCCAGACUGUAUCUGGUAACAGAGUUCGCAGGUGUCAGGUCAUGGUCCAUUUGCUCAGCAGGGAAUUGCUCAAAAAUCCUGGAGGCGAAAAGGAGAGGCUAGAGUCAGAAAGCGUCAGCGAUGACCAGAUAUUAAGGAUAUUAAGGGUAUUACGGGCAUUAAGGAGGGCACAUGCUGCAUGGAGCCCUGGGUGUUGUACGCAGACAAUGAAUCUUGGGACACGGCAAGAAAAAGAAAAAAGAAAGAAAGUAAAGCCAGUAGGCACAUUUCUGACAUUUUGACAGAAGCACCUUGUAAAAAUAAAAAUAAAACUGCGGUAACAGUUAGACACAUUUAGUACUUAACAGAUCAGACGUGCUCAGGGUACACCGCGUGUACUAGCAUCCUUUAAAUCUCACAAUAGUUCUGUGAUGUGGAUGCAGCUGUUCUACCCAUUUCACAGAUGGUGAGACUCAGAGCAGUUGGGUAACACGCCCAAGACCACACAGCCGGUCUUAUCGUGGAGCCGGGACUAGAACCCAGUUUUGCUUGAUUCUGGGACUGUGGAUCAUAACCUUUCCCCAGAAUAUACUUAUUUACACAACCCCUAUUGCUGAUUAAUUACUUAUUAACAGUUUAUUUUAUUUAUAAUCACAUAUAUGUUGCUUCUGGAGGAACUUAACAUAGAUAACAGCACUCUUCUUGCAAAUAUGAUCAAUUAAUUUUUUUCAUAAUAUUUGGUUUAUAGUCUGGCCAGAUUUAAGAAGCAUGUGAAGGCAUUUACAAUGAAAGACACCUAUACAAGAAUAUUUAAGGUAGUAUUUUGAAAUUUGAAAUUUUUGCAAAUUUUUUUUCACUUGAAAAAUUGAGUUAUGGACAUUGGGGAGGGUAUGUGCUACGGUGAGUGCUGUGAAGUAUGUAAACUUGGCAAUUCACAGACCUGUACCCCUGGGGCUAAUAAUACAUUAUAGGUUUAUUUAAAAUUUUUUUUAAUUAUUAAAAAAUAAAUAGAGGAAGCAGAUUCAAGGUUAAAGAAAGAAAAAGAAAAAUUGAAAUGAUUUUUCAUUUCAUCUUCAUGAAAUGAAAAAAUUUGAAAAAUUUAUCAUUUUUUCAUUUGAAAAAACAAGCGUUAGGGAAGAAGUAUAUGUCCUACUUAGAUGAAAAGUAUUACAAUGAUUGAGCCUUUUAUUCACCUCUAACCUUGUAGGUAAACAAGACAAAAGGUAAAACAAUAUGCAAUCUUGUCCUCUGAUGAAAGGAAGCGUACCGUUUUGUUAGGAGACACAUUUUCUUGGAAUUGAAAUCUGAAACAGAUACUAGCAAUUCCAUGUCCAUAGACCUUGAGCAACAGAAUAAACAUCUGGUUUAGUAACCCACCGCAGCCAUUCUCUUGGUGAACUGUGCUUUGGGAGAUAAGCUCUGCCCUAAGCCCUGACCAAGGCCUUUUGAAGAGGGAAAGGGUCAGAGAUUAAAGAUUUAGGCAUAUUUCUCCUCUUACUCUUCCAAAGUCUGUGUGGACACUGCUCUUCACUUUGGCCUGGAUUUGUCCCUGAAGUGCCCACAGCAAUGUAAUGGCAAUCUCUUGACAGUAGAAGCUUUAUUUCUUCAAAUUCCAUCGAAAUGACACUAGCAUUUAAAUGCAACAUAUUUUUUCAUUGUUCCUAUGAGUGGUUUCCCUUGGAAAAAAAUCACAGGUAAUGUAUAUACUUCUUGAUUAAAAACCUGAUUUGCUAAUUAUUAAAGAUUAUUUGUAAGCCAUUAUAUUAUUAUUAUUAAUAGUAGAAUAUAUCAAGCGUGUAUGGCAAGACUAGGUGAACUAUUGCCUGUGGGUUAAAGGCAGUGCACUACCCAUUUCCAUAAAUAACGUUUUCUUGGAACACAGCCGCAAUACACAUUCCCGGUCCGUGGCUGCUUGCAAACGGUAAUGGCAGAGCUGAGUGGUUUCAACAGAAACAGUACAACUCACAAAGCCUAAAAUAUUUACUAGCUGGCCCUUUGUGGAGAAGGUCUGCCAAUCCCUGCUUUGUAAUAUCCAAAGCAUUGUCCUAAUUAUUUUCCUUAACUUGCCUCCUUCAUCAUUACCCCUCCCAGGGAAGGACCGCUGGUCAUCAUCCUACUUCUACGGUGGGCUAGACUGGGAAACACGUGUUGGGCUGACACUGCAUCGGUGGGGGGAGAUAGCUCCAUUAGGACAAAUUUAUUAUUAAAUGUAUAACCUUGAAAUUUUUAGAAAGAGCUUUAUCUCUUGAAAUCUUUCCAAAUAUUCUGUUAUGUUUUUUAAAAAAUAAAGAGUUCAUUUCCAGA